AUGGCAGAACGUCUCUCACAAUCCAUGGCGGCAUCGACGGCAUCGCUAGGAGACGAGAUCACGAGAAAGAGCCAGGAAGAUGGACUCGACUGUAGCGACGUUCAGCCAGACCUUGAGAAAGCGAGCAACCAUGCGCCUAUCGUAGCACCGCAGAACGACUUCUUCGUGGAGUUCAAAGGCCUGGACGACCCUGACAACCCUAAAAGCUGGACGACCGAGCGACGGUGGGCAAUUACAGUCUCGAUGGGCCUCAUGGUCUUCACAGUCACGUUUGCUAGCUCCAUCUUCAGCGUAAACAUUGGCGUAGUGCAGGAAAAGUUCAAUGUCGAGCUGGUCACAGCUACGCUUGGUGUAGCAUUGUUCGUAUUGGGUUUUGUAUUUGGACCAAUUGCUUUUGGACCCAUGUCAGAAGUCCUAGGUCGUAAGCCACCACUGAUGUUCGGCUUCGCACUCUUCGCCAUCUUCCAAAUACCUGUCGCGCUCGCACAAAGCAUCACCACCGUCUGCAUCGGCCGCUUUCUGGGUGGCUUCUUCGCUUCUGCGCCCCUCGCCGUCGUUGGCGGAGCCCUUGCCGACUUAUGGGAUCCUAUCCCUCGAUCCUACGCCAUCUGUAUCUUCGCUGCUGGUGGCUUUGCUGGACCGGUAGCUGGACCCAUUGCUGGCGGGUUCAUUACUCAAUCCCAUCUUGGUUGGAGGUGGACAUCCUGGAUUACACUGAUCAUGGCUGGUCUAUUCGGUAUCAUUGGCUUCUUUAUUAUCCCAGAGACGUCCGCAGCCAGGAUACUGCAGUUGAGGGCUGCGAAGCUGCGCAAGGACACAGGAAACAGCGCAUACCACGCUGCAGCUGAUGAGAAUAAGUUGACACUUGACAAAGUGGUAAACGUCUAUCUGUUGAGACCGUUUAUCAUGUUUCUACAAGAGCCAAUUCUAGCGCUCUUUACAGCAUACAUGAGUUUUCUAUACGGUAUUGUCUACUUGCUAUUCGAAGCCUUUCCAGUCUCCUUCUACGAACAGCGCGGCUGGUCUCUCGGCGUUUCUCAGCUUCCCUUUGGAGCCUUUAUUGUCGGAAUUAUCUUAGGAGCCGCCUGUAUCGCAUACAGCUCUGCGACAAACUUCACACGCGCCUACCAUAAGCACGGCAAGGUCAUCCCUGAGGAGCGUCUCCCACCCAUGAUAAUAGGCGCCAUCGCAUUGCCUGUCGGCCUCUUUUGGUUUGCAUGGACGAGCAAUCCAAACAUCACCUGGGUGCCACAAGUUCUCUCGGUUGCCCUUCUUGGCUUUGGCUGCAUGGUUCCGUUCUGGCAGGGCAUGAGCUAUCUUAUCGACUGUUAUGGGUUCUACUCAAACAGUGCGAUUGCAGUCAAUACUUUCAUUCGGUCGUUUGCCGGAGCCUUCUUCCCCUUGUUUACUCAUGCCAUGUACCAUAAACUUGGCGUGCCGUGGGCCUCGAGUCUUCUGGCGUUUAUCUGCAUUGCCUUCCUUCCAGUCCCAGUUCUUUUCUACAUCUAUGGCGCGAGAAUAAGGACAAAGAGCAAGUGGGCACCAACAGCAUGA